GUUGGCCGUAAACAAUGUCCACCUCAUGAACGCUUUGGGCAUCAAAGACCCCAUCCACAAGCAAAAGAUCGCCUUAAAGGCUAUGGAUGUUGUUCUAUUCGGUCCCCCGAAAGACAGUCAAAAUCAUUGGAAAGAUCUGGUGCUAAUAACGUUGUUAAUUGGUGGAGGUAUCGGCCUGUGGUAUGCGGUGCAACAGAACAAAAAGUUCAAAACGCACUUACACCGCAUGAACCGGGACAUGGAAAGUUUGCAGAGUGCUGAAAGAGCGUUGGAAGACUUACAAAAAGAAUUAGAAAUGGCGAAGCAAGCCCAAGAAGACGUCGCCACCGAAAAACUUAAUCUCGAAAAGAAAUUGCAGGAGGCGGAUUCGAGCGGUUUGCAUACGUCGUACUCGGAUCUCGAAGUCACACAACUUAAAGCAGAAAUCGAGAUGUUACGAAGAGAGUUGCAAAUCGCCGAGGGAGAACUUAAAGAUCGAUGUUGGUCCUCGCCCCCUGCAUUACAACAGUGGCUGCAGUUGACUCAUGAAAUCGAAAAUAAACAGUACAUCAAGAAGAAAAUUGCCGCAGAAAAACAACUACAACAGGCACGAGAAGCCUGUGAAAAGUUACGAAAGAAGAGAUCGAGUCUUGUAGGUGCUUUCGUUUCAACACAUGGAAAAUCAAUAGAUGACGUCGAUAGGAGCAUCGUAGAGGCGCGCACAUCAUUGAACGAAGUUACGCAAGAGUUGCAAGAACGGGUGUAUCGGUGGAAGCAAAUCGAAAGGCUUUGUGGUUGUAACAUUAUCGUCAAUAACGGCUUGCAGUAUUUGGAAAAUACCCUUUACCGAAAUGCAAAUGGAAGGCCACAAUUUAGUCUGAGAGGUCGUAUGAGCAGUCAAGAUGACCUGGACGAUGACACUAGCUCCCUCUACGGUUAUGCAACAGGUAAGCUGAUCUCGUUGAACUCGUUAGAUGAUGACCCGCACGAUUUUUCCGAUUGAAAGUCACUAUUCGCUCUGCCCCCAUAAAUACAAACUCUCAUAUAACAACCCUCACAAAUAAACAACUCCAUCGAGUUAAUCUGACUCCAUUUAGAUUCACCUAGUCUUUGGCUUGGGUAAAUGUACUCGUUUUAGAUUCUAUUUUAAUUGAUUAAAUUAUAUAUUAUACUCAUAUAUCUUACAAAGUCUUAAUUCCGGUAGUUUCUUGGACCCCUUUUUUAUUUUUAAAAUUAAUGUCGUGAGGAUGAAAAAAUGGAAUCUCUUUAUUUAUGUUAUUGGUGGUUUAUACAUACACAUAUACUUACCUACUUCUCAAUAAUAAAUAAAUACUCUAGGAUAG